AUGAGAAUUAACAACAAACAAGGGGGUACAGAUUUGGAACCACGUGAGGUUGACUCUUGUCAUUUUUGGGUGGACAAAUUCUUUUCAGGUGAUGUUUAUCAUUUACAUUUGGGUGGUCAUCAUCUUCUGAAUGAGUUUUCCUUCCUCUUGAUCUUCAGAGAAACAAUCUGCCGUGUUACUGGUGGGAUGAAGGUGAAGGCCGACAGAGACGAGUCCUCUCCUUAUGCUGCUAUGUUGGCGGCUCAGGAUGUGGCUCAGAGAUGCAAGGAGCUGGGAAUCACCGCCCUUCACAUCAAGCUGAGGGCCACUGGUGGAAACAGAACCAAGACACCUGGACCAGGGGCACAGUCUGCCCUCAGGGCUCUGGCUCGUUCCGGCAUGAAGAUUGGCCGUAUCGAGGACGUCACCCCCAUUCCGUCAGACAGCACCCGCAGAAAGGGAGGUCGUCGUGGACGACGUCUGUAAACUAUUGGAUUUUUUUCUGAAUAAAACGUCAUAUA